AUGCUCAAGCAGACUGUCACCAAUCUGAUCGCUACCGGUCUGGUCUACAAAAUGGGCGAUCACCUGUUCGUCUCCGUUCCAGCACAAGAACCAAAAGCUAAGGUGGCAGUGGAGUGCCAGACGGGAACAUCGAUCAUCGCUCAUGAAGAACCAGAGAAAAAGGAUCGUUUCGGCUUCAUCACCCGUAUCUUCUCCAAGAAACCACACAUAACAACAACCGCCAAGUCCAAUCAUCCCCAAACGGUGGCAGUGGAGUGCCAGACGGGAACAUCGAUCAUCGCUCAUGAAGAACCAGAGAAAAAGGAUCGUUUCGGCUUCAUCACCCGUAUCUUCUCCAAGAAACCACACAUAACAACAACCGCCAAGUCCAAUCAUCCCCAAACGGUCGCCUUUUCCACGAAAUUCGUUCCCGAUUGGGACCAACAGAAACAGCUGGCACCAACUGCGUGCAGGUAUCAGGCUACUCAAAGACGGACCCAGCAUGUCAUCGAAAAAACAGAACAUCGACGUCAACCAAAGUGCGAGCGAAUUCAGAUCACUUCAUCAUCGGAAUGCCUUGAUUAUGGUCCGAUUGAUCCUCCAGAAUGCUUGCCGAGAAAAGUCGAAGUGAUUGAAGACAUGCACAGUCGUCGCAAGCGUCGCGUAAAACGAAAGGAGAUUCGCACCUCAACGCCAGUAGAAGCCUCGGAUUCGGCUUAUUCUGCUUCUCCAGUUCAGACGGAUUCGAACGAAGAACAAGGCAUUUGGAGUGAGCAGGACGACAAUGAGGUGAAUCACACGUACAUGAAUCUCGCCGCAGCGCACGACUCCACCCAAUUCGAAGAAGUUCCGACAAUUGUGUGCCCCUCAGGCCGGCAAUAUUUCCCAAAUCUAUGA